AUGGCUCUCGGCUCCAACGCCAAUCCGUUGUUACCUCUCUCUGGAACUUCGAUUCCUUCCAAUUAUGCUAAUAGAAAUCUCAAAUCAUUUUCUGAUUUCUAUAAUCCAACCUUCAUCCCCAAAUUCUCUGCAAAAAAACCGUUGUUUAUUUGUAAUUCGCGCCAACCAUUCUCACUAAGAAUCAGAGCUCAAACUUCAAACGCCAGCAAUGUUAAUGUUAACGAAGAUCAAAUUUCCGAUUUUAUCAUCGAAGACGUCCCUCACUUGACAAAUUUUCUCCCUGAUUUACCGUCAUAUCCAAAUCCAUUGAAAAAGAGCCAAGCUUAUGCCAUCGUCAAGAAAACAUUUGUCAGCCCUGAAGAUAUGGUGACACAGAAGAUUGUUGUUCAGAAGGAAAGUCCUAGGGGAGUACACUUUCGACGUGCAGGGCCUCGAGAAAAGGUUUAUUUCACUUCGGAAGAAGUGCGUGCUUGUAUUGUGACAUGUGGGGGUUUAUGCCCUGGAAUCAAUACAGUGUUACGCGAGAUAGUAUGCGGUUUGAAUUAUAUGUAUGGAGUUGAUGAUAUACUUGGAAUUCAGGGAGGAUAUAGAGGGUUCUACUCUAAAAAUACCAUUAAAUUGACGCCUAAAGUUGUUAACGAUAUCCAUAAGCGUGGUGGCACCUUCCUGCAAACUUCAAGAGGAGGUCAUGAUACCAACAAGAUAGUUGACAAUAUUCAGGACCGAGGGAUAAAUCAGGUUUACAUAAUUGGAGGGGAUGGUACUCAAAAAGGAGCAGCUGCAAUUUAUAAGGAAGUUGAAAAGCGUGGUCUUAGAGUUGCAGUAGCUGGGAUUCCAAAGACAAUUGAUAAUGAUAUUGUUGUGAUAGACAAAUCUUUUGGUUUUGAUACUGCUGUGGAAGAGGCUCAGAGGGCUAUAAAUGCUGCACAUGUGGAGGUUGAGAGUGUAGAAAAUGGAGUCGGAAUUGUGAAGCUUAUGGGUAGAUACAGUGGGUUCAUUGCUAUGCACGCAACCUUGGCUAGUCGAGACGUGGAUUGUUGUUUGAUUCCGGAGUCCCCAUUCUAUUUGGAAGGCCAGGGCGGGCUCUUUGAAUUUGUUGAACAGAGGCUGAAAGAAAAUGGGCAUGUAGUUAUUGUGUUGGCUGAAGGAGCAGGGCAGGACUAUGUUGCUCAGAGCAUGCAUGCAUUUGAUGAGAAAGAUGCAUCAGGAAACAGGUUACUUUUGGAUUCUGGCCUUUGGUUGACACAAAAGAUUAAGGAUCAUUUCACAAAUGUUCAGAAGAUGGCGAUCAAUAUGAAAUAUAUAGACCCUACGUACAUGAUUCGAGCUAUUCCAAGUAAUGCAUCAGAUAACAUCUACUGCACACUUCUUGCUCAAAGUGCCGUGCAUGGAGCCAUGGCAGGAUACACAGGCUUCACUGUAGGGCCUGUAAACAGCAGACAUGCUUAUAUUCCAAUCAAUCGUGUCACAGAGACUCAAAACACGGUGAAGUUGACAGACAGGAUGUGGGCUCGACUUCUGGCAUCCACGAAUCAACCUAGUUUCGUACAAUACUGUGAAUUAGCGUGUCUCUCGCCCUUUCACCAGGCAUUGCCGAGUUCUGAUGUGGUGUAUUCAUUGUUAGUGAAAGCAGGUCUAGCUGAUCAGAUUUAA